UUCCCUGAGACUCGCCUCCUUCUGCCUCGGUGCUCGGAAGCGCCACUUCCUAGCGCGAGCCGAGCCGCCGGCAGGUCACCUUGACUACGGGCCAAGGACCCCGUGGGAACUCGCAGUUCUCCCUACCCUCGUUGCUCGCGCGAACUUGGAGGGGUGCCCAGAGAGAACACCUGCGUGGCAAAAACCUAAAGGAAGAGGUGACGGGAGUGGAGAAGAGGAGGACGAGAGAAUAACGAUAACAGUGGAAGAAGAUGUUGGUUUCCUUUAUGCCUUUUGUUACCGGCUCUAGCAAAGAUGUUAGAGGUGGUUUUAAAAAAAAUUUCAGACAGGCAUUUUCAAAAGGCAAGCGCGGAGCCUACGGAUCUAUAAAACCGCAGAAGGUCCUUUUUCCGGUCCCUUGCGCCUGCGCUUUGGCAGCCGAGAAGGCGGGAGGCCAGGGUAGAGGGAAGCUGGGAACCGGAAGUGAAGGCAGAUUCCCUCCUUCGUCGCUGUUGCUGCCGCCAUACGCUCUCGCCCUGCUUAGCUCUUCUGUCAGAAACUAGUAUCUUUCUUUUCCUUUGCUGCUCCUCAAGCCGUCCCCCGCUCUCUUUCCCCCUUGUUUUCACCUAUACUGUGAGAACCCAUCCAGAGCCCCCUCCCCUUCUCCCCCUACUGGCCCAGUUAUGGCAGAGAACGAUGUAGACAAUGAGCUCUUGGACUAUGAAGACGAUGAGGUGGAGACAGCAGCUGGGGGUGAUGGGGCUGAGGCCCCUGCCAAGAAGGAUGUCAAGGGCUCCUACGUCUCCAUCCACAGUUCUGGCUUUCGUGACUUUCUGCUCAAGCCAGAGUUGCUCCGGGCCAUUGUUGACUGUGGCUUUGAGCAUCCAUCAGAAGUCCAGCAUGAGUGCAUCCCUCAGGCCAUUCUGGGAAUGGAUGUCCUGUGCCAGGCCAAGUCAGGCAUGGGAAAGACAGCAGUGUUUGUGCUGGCCACACUGCAACAGCUGGAGCCGGUUACUGGGCAGGUGUCUGUGCUGGUGAUGUGUCACACUCGGGAGUUGGCUUUUCAGAUAAGCAAGGAAUAUGAGCGCUUCUCUAAAUACAUGCCCAAUGUCAAGGUCGCAGUGUUUUUUGGUGGUCUGUCUAUCAAGAAGGAUGAAGAGGUGCUGAAGAAGAACUGCCCGCAUAUCGUCGUGGGGACUCCUGGCCGCAUCCUAGCCCUGGCUCGAAAUAAGAGCCUCAACCUCAAACACAUUAAACACUUUAUUUUGGAUGAAUGUGAUAAGAUGCUUGAACAGCUCGACAUGCGUCGGGAUGUCCAGGAAAUUUUUCGCAUGACCCCCCAUGAGAAGCAGGUCAUGAUGUUCAGUGCUACCUUGAGCAAAGAGAUCCGUCCAGUCUGCCGCAAGUUCAUGCAAGAUCCAAUGGAGAUCUUCGUGGAUGAUGAGACGAAGUUGACGCUGCAUGGGUUGCAGCAGUACUACGUGAAACUGAAGGACAACGAGAAGAACCGGAAGCUUUUUGACCUUCUAGAUGUCCUUGAGUUCAACCAGGUGGUGAUCUUCGUGAAGUCUGUGCAGCGAUGCAUUGCCCUGGCCCAGCUCCUGGUGGAGCAGAACUUCCCAGCCAUUGCCAUCCACCGUGGGAUGCCCCAGGAGGAGAGGCUUUCUCGGUAUCAGCAAUUUAAAGAUUUUCAACGACGAAUUCUUGUGGCUACCAACCUAUUUGGCCGAGGCAUGGACAUCGAGCGGGUGAACAUUGCCUUUAACUACGACAUGCCUGAGGAUUCUGACACCUACCUGCAUCGGGUGGCCAGAGCAGGCCGGUUUGGCACCAAGGGCUUGGCCAUCACGUUUGUGUCAGAUGAGAAUGACGCCAAGAUCCUCAAUGAUGUGCAGGAUCGCUUUGAGGUCAAUAUUAGUGAGCUGCCCGAUGAGAUAGACAUCUCCUCCUACAUUGAACAGACACGGUAGAGGACUCACCCAUUCUGGAAUGUGACAGUCUGUCCUUCAGGAGAGGAUACCAGGCGUGGGGGUGAAGGAGACACUACUGCCACCUGCCCCUGACAGCCCCGCCCCCACCACGUGGCUUCCCUCUUCUGCAUCACCACCACUCCUAAACCCCCAUUUCCUGAUUUGUCAGAAUUUUUUUUAACAAAACUAAAAAUGAAACGCAUGUGUGUCUGUGGAAUCU